AUUUUGACUUUUAGGUUGACUUUUUUUUCUUUGGAUAUGGCAGCGUCAUCAUCUCUUCUUCUUCUUCACAAACACACCUGCAAUUUCUACUUCGCCGCUUCCUCUGUUCCCGCUCAUAUCAAUUCCGCUCGAUUUCGAAUUUCGAGCCCUUUGGAUCGAAGAAGAAUAAUCUGGUCUGCCUCUGGCUUUACUAAAUCUAUGGCCGAUUUAGUCAAAACCAAUGCUCGCAGAGACGGUGAAGAACAAGUUCAGGCGCUCGAGCAAGAGGCUUUAAUCAAAAAUUCGUCGUUGGACGAGUUGGUCGCCGACGCCGACGCCGACGCCGGCGGUGGUAUUGAAGCAAUCGCUAAUCGUCUGAGCAAAUGGAUUGUAGCUGCUCUAUUUGGAUCCGUUCUGCUUCUACGACAUGAUGGUGCAGCUUUGUGGGCUGUUAUUGGAUCCGUUUCAAAUUCUGCGCUUUCUGUAGCUUUGAAACGUUUACUUAACCAAGAGAGACCUGUUGCUACGCUGCGUUCUGAUCCUGGGAUGCCUUCUUCUCAUGCCCAAUCCAUUUCUUUCAUCUCUGUCUUUUCUCUCUUCUCCGUUAUGGAGUGGCUUGGAACCAAUGUACUCUCUCUGUUCCUUAGCGGCCUCAUCCUUGCAUUGGGUUCUUAUUUUACAUGGUUAAGGGUUUCUCAGAAGCUUCACACGACAAGUCAAGUAGUCGUAGGUGCAAUCGUGGGUUCUGUUUACUCCACCGUAUGGUAUGUAACUUGGAACUCACUUGUUCUUGAAGCCUUUACCUCAUCAUUCUCAGUACAAAUAGCUGUCUUUCUGGUCGCUGCUGCGUCUGCUUUAGGUUUUGCAGUGUAUGUGCUACUUAACUGGUUUAAAGAUGACAGAUGACAGAAUGAUAGUUAUCAGUACUUAGGAUUUUG